AUGGCGGCCGUGCAAGAUCCACAACAACGCUCGACUCCCGGCCCGUCGCAAACGCAGACGGAGACGACGAAUACCCAGAGCCGGACUGGUACGCAGGCGAUCUUGCGACUGAGAGGUGCGCAUGCGCCCUCCAGGCCGUCGGUGAGGUGGGCGGAGGACGUUGUCGACAAUGAGGGUCUUGGACGCAAGAGUUCAAAAGUCUGCUGCAUCUACCACCGUCCCAAAGGCGUCGACGAAUCCAGCGAUGAGUCGUCUUCCGAUUCCUCUUCAGACUCAGAUUCCGACUCCGACGGCGGUGGCAGGAGGAGGGUACCUUCGGCCGACCACAAGGGCAAGGGGAAGAGUAACAAGAAGCAGAACCACGACUGUGACGAUCAUGAUGGCCAUAGCCAUGGCAGGAAAUCUGAUCGCGACGGCAAGCAGAAGAGAAGGCCGAGUCCCAACGCGUAUGAGAGGGUGCCGAAGCCGCCCAAGCCCAGAGACGAGGCGGGCGAGGGAAGCAAGGAGCCGCAGUCAAAGGCUUGA